GCUCGCUCCCUUUACAGAGAAGAGAACCAGAGCCUGUGAGGAUGAGCGGAAGAGGAAAGUUGGUGUGCGUCACCGGAGCCUCCGGCUUCAUCGCUUCGUGGCUAGUCAAGCUUCUUCUCCAACGCGGCUAUACCGUCAAAGCUUCCGUGAGAGAUCCCGCUGAUCCGAGAAAAACGGAACAUUUGCGAUCACUUGAAGGAGCUAGUGAGAGGCUGCGUUUGUUUAAAGCUAAUUUAUUAGAUGAGGGAUCCUUUGAUGCUGAAAUUGCUGGGUGUGAUGGUGUCUUCCAUACGGCAUCUCCGUUUUAUCAUUCAGUAACUGACCCACAGGCUGAGCUUAUAGAUCCUGCACUGAAGGGGACACUCAAUGUGUUGAAUUCUUGCGCCAAAUCGUCUACCGUUAAAAGGGUAGUAAUAACAUCAUCGAUGGCUGCUGUUGCAUUCAAUGAAAGACCACGCAAUCCCGAUGUUAUAGUUGAUGAGACAUGGUUCUCCAAUCCAGAUUUUUGCAAGGAAAAUAAGGCUUGGUAUGUGCUGUCCAAGACAUUGGCAGAGGAGGCAGCUUGGAAGUUUGCCAAGGAACAUGCUAUUGACAUUGUUACAAUAAAUCCAGCGAUGGUCAUUGGCGCCCUUCUUCAGCCAACACUCAACACAAGCAGUGAAGCAAUACUAAAAUUAAUAAAUGGAAGUUCUACAUUCCCGAAUGUAACAUUUGGAUGGGUGGACGUGAAAGAUGUAUCUGAAGCACACAUUCUGGCAUAUGAAAACCCCUCAGCAAGUGGAAGGUACUGUUUAGUUGAAAGAGUUCUUCACUACUCUCAGCUCGUCAAGCUCAUAAAAGAUCUGUAUCCUUCCAUUCAGGUUCCUGAAAAAGCUGCAGAUGAUAAGCCCUUUACGCCAACUUAUCAGGUUUCCAAGGAGAAGGUGAAGGGGUUGGGUCUUAGCUACAGGCCUUUGGAGGAGAGCAUCAAAGAAACUAUUGAAAGCUUGAAGGAGAAGGGUUUUGCGAAGCUCUAAGCUCUUGAAAUUUGCUACUAUGUGAAGAAAAUCACUAUCACUGUGUGAGUGCCUUUUCUUUCAAUAAAAUUUGCAGAUCCUGGGUGGAUACCUGGGCUUAUAUGUAUCUUUUACUUUAUAAAAAUUUUCUGCAUUGUCGCUUCUAUUACCUCUCACGCCCUUCAAAGAAAAUGAAGCAUUUUGAUA